AUGCCGCCCAAGAGGCGUGGAGCUCCCGCCAGCUCCUCCACGACCACGACCACUGCAGCGGCCCCGCGACGCAUGCGCUCGAAGAUCGCCAAGGAGAACGAUAUCUCGGCGGACGAAGAGAAUGAAAUCAAGGAAGUCUUUCACAUCUUUGCUGAGGCAAAUGAGGAAUUCCCCUCCGAAAAGGAAGGUGUGAUCCCGCGCGAGGAUGUGCGCAAAGCUCUAGUUGCCUUAAAUGUACCACCGAGCGACUCCUCAGAACUUGCCGAAAUCCUUUCGGCGGUCGAUCCGACCUCAACUGGCUUUGUCCCCUAUGGCCCCUUUGUCUCCGUGGUCGCCGCCAAGCUCCACUCCCAGGAUGACGAUGCAAAAGCUGCCGAAGUAGAGACGGCAUAUCAGCUCUUCACACGUGGCUCCGAGGGGCCUAUAUCGCUUAGCCAUCUGCGACGCAUCGCGCGCGAACUAAAGGAGGACUCGGUGGAUGACAAUCUGUUGAAAGAUAUGAUUCUAGAGGCUAACGGGGGAGCAGGACUGACAUCUGGUGUGACUUUGGAACAAUUUCAAGACGUGAUGAUCAGAGCCGGAGUCUUCAAGGUGUAG